AGAACGCUCUGUGAAGGAUAGAAGCACAGAACAUGGAGGUAUGGCAUACAAGCGCGUCCUAUCCCCUCUGUCAAAGUUGACGUUUUAAAUCAUUAGGGGAAACUGGGGCAUAAAGAAGGUAAACAAAUACACGUCAGUAUUUCCCUAUACUUAGCAUAUUAUAAAAAAUGUGAUUUUAAGAUUUCGAAGGAACAGGUUAUUACUCAAUAAUGUAUCGGCUACUGAUAUUGGUAUUUUUGUGCAAGGAAACCCUCCAAAGUGAUGUGAAAACCCUGGGUUUUGAUGAUACCUUACUGUUCGAUAUAAACUGGCCCGGGCAACUAACUCCUGACGAACAAGCGUCCGGUUUAGAAUCAAUCAUAGUAACUUCUUCACAUAAAGAGAAGUACAAAUGUAUCAUUCCUAACAUAGAACAGAGGGAAGAUAACUCAGAAGAGACCUAUGAAGGACCUACUGCAUUUGAAAUUAUUGCACCUUUAUUCACACAGGCUACAUGUUCCUUCAGACUAGAAUCUUAUUGGACAUAUGAAGUCUGCCAUGGAAGGUACAUUCGACAGUACCAUGAAGACAGAGAAGGCAAGGCACUGAAGAUUCAAGAAUAUAUUUUGGGAAAGUUGGAUGCUAAACAGAUCGAAAUAUUACUAGCGGAAUCUAAGAUCAGAGAAGAGAAAGAGAAAGUUCCUUUCAAGAAAAUUGACAAUGUCUAUCUGCCAUACUAUGAGGUCACCAUGGACAAUGGCACUUUUUGUGACUUAAAUAACAACAAGCCAAGAGUCACAAAGGUGCUUUAUGUGUGUUACCUUCAAGGAAAACACGAAAUAUACUCUCUCAAGGAGAUUUCUACGUGUGUCUAUGAAAUAAUAAUUUUAUCACCACUGUUAUGUAGCCACCCUAAAUAUAAACCGAAAGAAACAGGAGAACGUAAAAUAAACUGUGCUCCAAUUGAUGGUAGUUACAAAAAACCGUACAACUUGGCCAAGUUGGCGCAUGACAGCGCUAUCCAACGCAGCAAAUCUGAUCUAGAGAGAUUUAGAUUGGUGAAAAUUGAAAAAGAAGAACCAACACCAUCCUCUUCAGAGAAUAAAAUAAUCACUGAUACCACACCGAUAAUCAACUUCUUGAACGGCAAGACAUGCUUGUACGGAGGAACUGGCUGGUGGAAAUACGAGUUCUGUUAUGGAAGAUAUGUGGAACAAUUUCAUGUGGAAAAAGAUGGAAAACGAGUGUCAAUCAACUUAGGGAGAUUUGAUGCUACUGCUCAUUUGGAAUGGUUGAAGAACAAUCCACAUAAAAGGCCCAGACCUGUUGAAGAGAGGAAGCAGCUCUCCCAUUUUUAUUCGGGUGGGAGCAUUUGUGAUAAGACUGGCAAACCCAGGCAGACAGAAGUUAGACUGAAAUGUUUGCAAGACACACCAAGCCAAAGCACGGUUUCUUUGUUUUUAUUAGAACCAAAGUACUGCCAGUACAUUUUGGGAGUGGAAUCGCCACUCAUUUGUAAUAUUUUACCGAAAGCAGAUGAAAAUGGUCUGGUCAGCAUUGAAGACAUGGAAACAGAAGACCCGUUGAAAACGAAAAUUCUCCUCUAGGCUUAAAAGUUUUGUUACAAUUCAUUUGCAUUAAAAAGUUUCUUUAAUUAUA